AUGGACCUCGCUGUCGGACGUUCUGUGCGCCUGCACAACCUCAAUGCGGCGUCUCUCAACGGGCGGGUUGGCACCCUCAUCCAGCUCGACGAGAGGACUGGCCGUUGGCAAGUCGACCUAGGCCGGCACGACGGCAUCAAAGCCCUGCUGCCCAAGAACCUGGCUGUCGAAGGCGGAAACGAGGAGCACGAGGAGGAGGAGGAGGAGCAGGAGCCAGGGACGUUGAUCGGCCGAUUGCUUGGCUCAGAUGGAGAAGGCGAAAAGAAGGCGAAUUCCAAUGAGUUGGACGAGAUUGAUGCCAUCGCCGAGGGGAUAGACGAGGACCACAUGCCCGACGAGAUGUUUGAUGAGGGCGACCUGGAGGCUAUACCGGAGCUGGCAGAGGCAGAGCCGGCAGAGCCGGCAGAGCCGGCAGAGGAAGAGAUGGAGGAGGUGGAGCCAGAGGAGGCAGCACCGGAGGAGGCAGAUUGCGAGGAGGCAGAGGUGGAGGAGGCGGAGCCCAACGAGGAUGGCGGCGCGGAAGCGGAGGAGGCGGAGGAAGAUUGCGAGGACAUGAAUGACCACGCAGAGGUCGGUCAGGAGGAGUUUGAUCCGGAGGCGCCGCCGGAGGAUCCGAUCACAGUGGAGGAGGACGGAGAGGAGGAGCCCGAGGCAGAGGAGCCUCCCGACUUCACCAAGAUGUCCGUGAAGGACCUCAAGGCGUUCCUUCAAGCCCGCGCCGUGCGCAUCCCUGCUUGGGUCACGGAGAAGAGCGACCUCCUCGGCCUGGUCAAGGACUCUGCUCACCUGCCCAUUCGACCGCCAGAGGAGCGCCAGAGGAAGGAGGAGCCCCAGAAAGCGGCGCCGGAGAAGGAGCCCGAGCCGGCACCACAGGCAUCGACACAGGAGAAUGCGGGACCUUCCCGACCCUGGCAGCCACCUGGUGGCGGCUGGCCCUACUCGACGCCUAGUAUGCCUGCGCCUGCUUUUCCCGGCUUCACUUGGCAGCAGCCGUGGGGUGGCUGUCAACCCAACCUCUAUCCGCAGCCUGGCUUCUGGCCGCGACCGGGCGGCUACGCUCCGGCUCCGGCAUUUCGACCGCCCGGACCGGUGCCAGUGGCCCCGGUCACGCAGCCGUUGGCACGGCCACCAUGGCCACCGAAAAGCCGUGAAGAUGCCGUGUUUUACCGAGACCAUCGCCUUCGCAGGAUCGGAGAGCGGGCGAAGGACUCGCUGAGGCAUUUCUGCAAGAAAUACCACAUCUCCCGCGAGGUGGAAACCAGUCUCCAGAUGAUGGAUGAUCGUGCCAUCGAGAACCUCACUGGCGACCGCUCCUUGGCCUCGGCUUUAGGGGAUGCCUUUGAUCCGCAUGAGCCUCUCCUGAACGAACUCCAGAAGCGGGAUGUCACGGCGGCCACGGUGAUCAGGUGGCUGGUGCCCCCUCCCAAGGGAAGGGGUGCUUUCUUGAAGAGCCCCAAGCGAAGUCCCGUGCGGCUGAAGAGCCACAGCAGGAGCCGGCGGAAGCGAAGCCGGAGCCGGAGGAGGGACAAGGAUCGCAGGAAGAGCUCCCACCGGCGGAACUCCCCGCGGCGGAGCUCGCCGCAGAGGAGUCCGCCGUCGUCCCGGCCGCCAACGCCACCAAGGCCGCGUAGGUGGCAGGAGGACAGAAAAUCGCCUUCUCCUCCGCCUUUGCCAAGGAUCCUCAUACCCGUGCCGAAGAGCAAACAGGGUGUGUUCCGCAGCCCAUCGAAAUCGCCAUCGCCACCUCCUGCUCCUCCUCCUCCUCGCCCGGCUGCUACUGCAGCUCCUGCCCCGUCGACGAACACCGUCCACGACGAGGCAGAGGCUGAGAUUCGGAGGUGGCUUUGCGGAUUGGAUUCCGGGCGCGGAGCUAUGGCAUCAUACGCCAAGAUCAUCACUGAGGAGUUUGGGGGUGUGCCAGCGCUUUCGGCCUGCAUCCUCCCAGAGAAUCCGAAGGGCUCGGUCAUCGGGCGCAUCGAUGCAUCGCUGUGGGAGGCCUUGGAUGUGAAGUCCCUGGGCCACAGGCUGCUGCUGGCCAAGGGGAUCCUGGCGCUGGAGUGA